UCCCCCAGGCCGGGGCUUCUGCUGGUCGCCCCCGGGAGCAACAGCGCGCCAGAGGUUCCGGGCUCCCACUCGCCUCGCAGCCCGCGGAGCAGCCCUUCAGGGGUCUUCCUGCCCACCUUGCCCUCCACGUCUCGCAGCUUUUAAUCCAAGUCAUUCCAGCCCAUGGUUAUAGAAGGAUUUACAAUGAAAAGACAACUACCACCAGCUGAAAUGGCCCAUGCCUGUAAUCUCAGCAAUUCCAGAGACUGAGAUUCCUGAAGUCAUGGAUUGGCCGGGACAGUGGUGACUCCCAAAUCCGGUAUGGAUGACUGGAAGCCCAGCCCCCUCAUCAAGCCCUUUGGGGCUAGGAAGAAGCGAAGCUGGUAUCUUACCUGGAAGUAUAAACUGACAAAUCAGCGGACCCUGCGGAGAUUUUGUCAGACAGGGGCCGUGCUUUUCCUGCUGGUGACUGUCAUUGUCAACAUCAAGUUGAUCUUGGACACUCGGCGAGCAAUCAGCGAAGCUAGUGAAGACCUGGAGCCAGAGCAAGACUAUGAUGAUACCCUCGGCCGCCUGGAGCCCCCACGGCGCAGAGGCAGUGGACCCCGGCGAGUCCUGGAUGUGGAGGUGUACUCAAGCCGCAGCAAAGUAUAUGUGGCAGUGGAUGGCACCACAGUUCUGGAGGAUGAGGCCCGGGAGCAGGGCCGGGGCAUCCAUGUCAUCGUCCUCAACCAGGCCACGGGCCAUGUGAUGGCAAAACGUGUGUUUGACACAUACUCACCUCAUGAGGAUGAGGCCAUGGUGCUGUUCCUCAACAUGGUGGCGCCCGGCCGAGUGCUCAUCUGCACCGUCAAGGAUGAGGGCUCCUUCCACCUCAAAGACACAGCCAAGGCUCUGCUGAGGAGCCUGGGUAGCCAGGCUGGCCCUGCCCUUGGAUGGAGAGACACCUGGGCCUUCGUGGGACGAAAAGGAGGUCCCGUCCUUGGGGAGAAACAUUCUAAGUCGCCUGCCCUCUCCUCCUGGGGAGACCCAGUCCUGCUGAAGACAGAUGUGCCACUGAGCUCAGCUGAAGAGGCAGAGUGUCACUGGGCUGACACAGAGAUGAACCGCCGCCGCAGGCGCUUCUGCAGCAAAGUUGAGGGAUAUGGGAGUGUGUGCAGCUGCAAGGACCCCACACCCAUUGAGUUCAGCCCUGACCUGCUCCCAGACAAUAAAGUCCUCAAUGUACCUGUGGCUGUCAUUGCAGGAAACCGACCUAAUUACCUGUACAGGAUGCUGCGCUCUCUACUCUCAGCCCAGGGGGUGUCUCCACAGAUGAUAACAGUUUUCAUCGAUGGCUACUAUGAGGAACCAAUGGAUGUGGUGGCGCUGUUUGGUCUGAGGGGCAUCCAGCAUACUCCCAUCAGCAUCAAGAAUGCCCGCGUGUCUCAGCACUACAAGGCCAGUCUCACUGCCACUUUCAACCUGUUCCCGGAGGCCAAGUUUGCUGUGGUUCUGGAAGAGGACCUGGACAUUGCUGUGGAUUUCUUCAGUUUCCUGAGCCAGUCCAUCCAUCUGCUAGAGGAAGAUGACAGCCUAUACUGCAUCUCUGCCUGGAAUGACCAGGGGUAUGAACACACAGCUGAGGACCCAGCACUGCUGUACCGUGUGGAAACCAUGCCUGGGUUGGGCUGGGUGCUCAGAAAGUCCUUGUACAAGGAGGAACUCGAGCCCAAGUGGCCCACUCCAGAAAAGCUCUGGGACUGGGACAUGUGGAUGCGGAUGCCUGAACAGCGCAGGGGCCGAGAGUGCAUCAUCCCUGAUGUUUCCCGAUCCUACCACUUUGGCAUCGUGGGCCUCAACAUGAAUGGCUACUUCCAUGAGGCCUACUUCAAGAAGCACAAGUUCAACACGGUUCCUGGUGUCCAGCUUCGGAAUGUGGACAGGUGGGGGCUGGCAGCAGGACAAGGGGAAGAUCUAGGAGACCUGAUGACUUGUCCUUGGUCCCUUCCAGACCUAGGACCUGUGUAUUUAUCCCAGUCCUGCUGCCUCCUUUGCUCAUGUGACCCCUUGCCCUGCCUAUUGCUAUACCCAUGGGACCUGAGGACCUGCUCCCCUCCUCCCUUGACACAUUUCUCCCUCCUCUCCAGUUUGAAGAAAGAUGCUUAUGAAGUGGAAAUUCACAGGUUACUCAGUGAGGCUGAAGUUCUGGACCACAGCAAGAACCCUUGUGAAGACUCCUUCCUGCCAGACACAGAGGGCCACACUUAUGUGGCUUUUAUCCGAAUGGAGAAAGAGGAUGACUUCACCACCUGGACCCAGCUUGCCAAGUGCCUCCAUAUCUGGGACCUGGAUGUACGUGGCAACCACCGGGGUCUAUGGAGAUUAUUUCGGAAGAAGAACCACUUCCUGGUGGUGGGGGUCCCAGCCUCCCCUUACUCAGUGAAGAAGCCACCAUCAGUCACCCCAAUUUUCCUGGAGCCACCCCCAAAGGAGGAGGGAGCCCCAGGAGCCGCUGAACAGACAUGAGACCUCCAGGACCCUGCAGGGCUGGGUACUGUGUACCCCCAGGCAGGCUAGCCCUUCACCCCAUCCUUUAGGAUUUUGUAGAUGCUGGUAGGGGCUGGGGCUGGUUUGUUUUUAACAUGAGACUUAAUUACUAACUUGAAGGGGAGGGUUCCCCUGUUGUUGAGUUUAAGGUCUAUUUAUUUACUUCCUUGUCAGAGAAGGGCAGGACAGUACCUGGGAAUCUUUGGGAUCCCUGGGAAGCUGAUCUUUCCCCUUGUACGUCCCCUCCUCCCAGGCCUGGCUCAGAAUCUAACCUAUUUAUUGACUGCCCUGGAAGCCUUGGAAAUAGGCCAGAACUGUAGGGCUUUGAUUCCUUUUGGGGCAGAAAUACUGCCCUGAGGGUGGGACUGGCUCUUACUCAGGAAAUUGCUGUGCCCAACCCAUGAACAGGCCCAGGUAGGGUCCAUAUGCUGACACAGAAUCGCUCAGAGACCCUCUGACACUGAACCAGGCCUCCUCUCAGCUUCCUCUUUGUCCAGGUUUCUGAAGCUGGAUAAGGUGAUCAUUGAUUAAAAAAGGAGAAAACCUG